UAAGAGCGGCGGGCCGGUGCAGCGAGUCAAUCCCAGCAGAGAGCGCGGUGAAGGUGACCGCUCUCGCACUACCGGCGACCCUUUCUGUAGAUACUUAUUCGUCAAAUAAUCUAUUUAUUUCGCUGGAUUCUGGGAGAUCUUUAAAGAAUGAAACGUUUUGCGUGCCUCCUGCUGCUGGCGCUGACGACAACAGCCCGCGGCGACAACAAGGAGUGGUCGUGGGGAGACGAGGGCCCUUCUGUGCCUGAGACAUCAGAGGAUGCCUUCAGUCCCUCCAGAGACCCAAGGCUUCUCGAAGCCAACCCCACAGACGCCCUCGCCGUCGGCCAACUCGACCUCGAGGGCGCCCUUUCGCCUGAAGGCCUCCGAGGCCUCCAUCAGCUCAUCCUCCUUGAAGACGAACAAGCCUCAACGGAUCCACAGGCAUCCUUCGCCGUGAGCGUCGACGGCGAGGGAGACCUGGAGGUCGUCGACGGCGUGGUCCUCGCCAGCGGAGAUCGCCAGGCUCGCUUCCUUGGCUUCAGGGACAGACUUUGCAAGCUCGGCAUUGGCUUUAACUGUGGCGCCAAGCAUCCGGAGAAGGUGCACGUGGCUCCGCCUCGCCAUUACCGCCCCGGCCAGUCCUUGCCCCCUCCUCCCCCUCCUCCUCCCCGCCCCCAGCACGUCUUCCCUCCUCGCCAGCACUUCGUCACAACCGAAGCGCCCUCGGCCUUCCAGGGCAUCCUCGACGUCCUCGAGCCCCUCAUCCCGUCCUUCGGCCAGAGCACGACCGUGAAGCCCAAGCCCUUCGGCCGCCCGCUAGGCAAGCCCAUCCCGCCCUCCUUCGGCGACCGCUUCCAGACGGUGCCGCAGCCGCCCCACGGCUCCCUGCACGCCAAGCCCAGCACCAACUUUGCCAUCUUCCAGGAGUCCAAUCCCGCCCUCAGUGUCGCCCACGCGCCCGUGCCCCUGCCUAACCACCACUCCCACCAGCCCGUGAAGCCCGCCCACGUCAACCACGGCGCCAUCCAGCCCACCACAGUGGUCGAGCACCAUCACAAGCACACCACCAUCUACCAGGUGAACGACGCUCUGCCGCACGCCCCCCCGCAGGUCUACCAGGGCCAGGCACAGACCGUCCACUCCGUCGUCACCUCCCAGCGUGGCAACGCGCAGAAGGUUCACCACGCUGGCUCUUCGGCGCACCAAGCUGUCGAGAGCGAAGAGUUCGUGUUCCAGGACGAUCUGGCAGGCAGCUCCUCCGACCUCCACCUGAGCGGCUCUCAGACGCAGUCGCAGGGAGUGCACUUCGGGUCCUCCUCCGGCGCCAACCAGGCCAGCGCACAGGGAUUCUCUCAAGCUGGUUCGCAGGGUGUUCAGCAAGGCUCUCGUGUGCGCUUUGGAACCUCCUCGAGCAGCUCACAGACGGUUCAGCAUGGCGUCUCCAGCAGCGCUCAGCAUGGCGCCGGUGUUCGAUUUGGAAGCUCUGUCGGCGCGCAGCAAGCUCAAGGAUUCUCGCAAGGAAGUUCCCUUGGUGUUCAGCACGUGACCUCCCCAGUAGUCCAACAAAGUUCUGGGGCUCACUUCGGAGCUUCGUCAGGAGUACGUCAAGGCGUCUUAGUAGGAAGCUCCCAGGGCGUUCCCCUUGGCUCUCCUCCUGGCAUCCGCGUCAGCAGUUCAAUCAGCACUCAGCAACUCGGUUCACAAGGCAUCUCUCAAGCAGGUAACCAAGCAUUCCAGCAAAUCAGCUCUCAGGGACACCUCCAGGGGCAGCGCCAGGUGCAUCUGCAGGGACACCAUCAGAGCUUCCAGGACAACAUGGCGCAGCAGCACCAGGUCCUGACGAGCGUCCAGGAGGCCGUCAGCGCCAACGCCAUCGACCCAAACUUCCGCCCUGGAAGGCUGGAACACGGAGGAUUCCAGCCGCUGUCUCUCUUGCCACUCUACCGGGAACAAGAGCCACUGUACCGGGAGGACUGUCAGUGCGUGCCGGUCCAGUUCUGCCCGGCAGUGGACGUCAUUGCCCGCAGCGCCCCUGAGGACUUCAGCCAGUUCCUUGACGCCAGAACCAAGAAGACUGAAAUCCUGUCCAACAGCACCGACGGAGAAAAGCAGCCUGAAGACGACUCGCAGGCGGCUCUCAGAAGCGCCAGCUCGUCCCGGCGCGGGAAGGUGCUCGCCCUCCCGCCUCUCGAGCCAGCUGACUCCGCAGAGACAACGGAACCAACGACCGAAGUAGCAACAGAAGGAUUCCUCGAGGAGACGACGGAACUGGCAGAGGAAGUCACAGAAGAAGUCACUGAGGAGGUGACAGAAAUGCCCGAGGAAGAAGUGACAGAAGCCGUUCCCGAGUCCCGCGUUCGAAGGGAAUCCGACGUCGCCGAGGGAGCAGAGGCGGAAGCAGAAGAACCGUCGCAAUCAGUGCCCUCCGGUCGUCGCGAGGGGCGUCAGCUCACAGGCUUCACCCCGAGCGCCACCGGCUGUGGGCCCAACCACGUCUGCUGCCGCCGCCCCGUCUUCAAGCCCCGCCAGCAGUUUACUUGCGGCCGCCGCAACGCAGCCGGUAUGCUGGGCCGCGUCAAGAACCUCAACUUCGUGAAGGGCAGCUCCGAGUUCGGCGAAUACCCGUGGCAAGCGGCCAUCCUCAAGCGCAGUGAAGGGCAGGUCGUGUACCAGUGUGGCGGCGCCCUCAUCGACGACCGCCAUAUCCUCACCGUGGCACACUGCGUGAAAGACAUCCACCCAUCCGAGAUCAAAGUUCGUCUCGGGGAGUGGGACGUCAGUUCAAAGACCGAGUUCUACGCCCACGUCGAAAUGCGGGCGUCUGGUGUUUACGCCCAUCCGGAAUACAAUGCGGGCAACCUCGUCAAUGAUGUCGCUGUUAUCAGGCUGGAGAAAGUCGUCGAUUUUUCAAUCAACCCACACAUCACCCCCGUCUGCCUCCCUGACAAGUUCGCCGACUUCACCAACCAAAGAUGCACCGCCACGGGCUGGGGGAAGGACGCCUUCACGAGCGACAGCAAGUUCAGCCAGCUCCUGAAGGAGGUGGAACUUCCGGUCGUCGAGUACAGGAGGUGCGAGGCCGCCCUCCAGCAGGCGCGCCUCGGCAGCAGCUUCUCGCUCCACCCGGGCAACAUCUGCGCAGGAGGAGAAAAGGACCAAGACACAUGCAAGGGUGACGGCGGCGGCCCCCUCGUGUGCUCAGCCGCUGACGGCAGCAUCCAGCUGGCGGGCCUGGUGUCCUGGGGCAUCGACUGCGGGCAUCCGGGCGUCCCUGGCGUCUACGUGAAGGUGUCCCAUUACCUGGACUGGAUCCGUGCCAUUACCAGAGUAUGAAGUGCUGGUCCGCGUCUGCUC